ACAGACACCAGAGGCACUCUGGGAAGCACUAGAGCUGAGGAAGGAAGGAGGAAAAGCAGAAUAAAAGAGGAAGACAUCCGUACAGAGAUCAAGACAAACCGUGGAAGCACCCGAAACGUUGGAUCUGGCAUGGAGGGAGACUUGCACAUGAUGAUUAAAGAAGAGGAAGUUCCCGUAGAGAUCAGCACAGGUGAAUUCGGGAACAGGCGUACACGGGAUGAUAGCUGGAUCGUACAGGAUUAUCAGAAUGACAGUCUUAAAGUUGAAGUCAAGGAGGAAGCACAAGACGCGUAUAUGAGAGGUGCUGGGCAAUGUAAGGAGGAGGAAUUUCCUACAGAGAUUGGUGCAGAUGGACAAUACAGAAGAAUUCCUGAUGGUGCUGACCCACUUCUAGGAAGAUCAACAGAUUUUCUUUAUGAUGAAGAAACCAUUGAAGAUAUGUAUUCCUACACCAUGGACUCUGAUAGAGGGUCUUUUGAGGAUUCAUCGGAUGAAGACGAGGAAUCAGAACCCUCCUCUCCUGAAAGGGAGCCGGAUGAGGAACUCAAGGAAUUCCUUCAAAAGAUGUACGAGAGAGUAAAUCCUCCAGGUCAGCCAACUCCUCCAUGCUUCCAGGAUGAUCCCAUACGUCUCAGACCUCCUUCACCGUCCGAUGAAAGCCCCUCAGGAGACACCCUCAUCGGCAACAGCGACUGGUGCGUCUGCGGGAACUGCAGGCCGAUGCUGACAAAUUUCGAGUCGGUGUGCUGCCACAACGUGGACAGCGCGGACCGGUUUAUCACGGGCGACAUGCACUGCCUCACAGAGGCAGAAGAAUUCCGUGAACGUUGCUUGAACGAAAGAAUCCUCCGGUACCAACUCGAAUGUGACAACCUCACGACUAAAAAGGAUUUCGAUAAUGACAGAAAUCGGUGCUUGCGGAAAGCGGCCUUCCGGUCCUACACCCGGAUGGUUCACGGGUUUUGGGGAAAGAAGAAAAGAAUCCAGGUGCCAUCUUGUGUUGUAUGGGCUGUCCGAAAUGCCUUCCCAGACCCAGAUGGACGUUACAUAGAAGUGGCCCUGUGGCCCAGUGAUUAUAUAGCCAGUGAUAUGGCGUUGUACAUGUAUUAG